AUGUUUCAAUCGCUUGUGGAUGCCAAAAAGAAUAAAGAAAGAAGGCAGCAAAAAUGUUCACAAAUCAUAUUAAGGAUAAUGCUAUCAAAUCGAAAGUGCACAAUAGCCAUUCUGCGUCUUUCCCAAUCUCAAUUGUUCCAAAUUCUAAAAAUAGUCGCCGAUAAAAGACUUGCUGAUUUCCGACUUUUGUUAAGGAAAAAGUUGAACAAUGAAAUGGUACCAUAG